ACAUAUGUAUAUAAUGUAUAUAAUAUACAUAUGUAUAUAAUAAAUACAUUAAGUGGAUGUACAAGGAUUUUUACAUUUUUUUCUGGGUGAACUAGUUUCCUCAAAUUUCUGUGUCACAGCUAGCCAGAAUUCUGAAUAUCUAAGUUAUCCCUGGAAUCUUUUUUUGGCUUUUUGCAGGGAGGACUUUGGAGUGAAAGGAUUGUUGUUAUUUUUAGCUGUUAAAAAAUGUUGUUUAACUUCUUUUAAACUUCAAUAAUAGUUUUUAUGGGUUUCAUAUCUCAGGAAAGAGCAGGAAAUCAAAAUUCAAUAAUAUAAUUGAGAUCUGAGGUUGCAAAAAAAAAAAAACUGUUUUAGGCUCUGUAUGUGGCUCUGAGCCACAGAUUACUCACUUUUUAUUUUAAUACUGCUGAACAUAUAAGAGGAAACCCUUUCCAACAUACUGAAAACUAAAUAUUAAUGAGUCAAACUGCCUUAUGCCCUUCACAUAAUCAUAUUAUUAUGGUGUACAAUAAGGGAAUUUGCUGAUAUCUUCUUUCUCUUUCUUCUUUCAGGCUAUAUUUUACCUUCAGACAGUAAUUUGGUCACCUGUACCUCCUUCCUAAUAACUGCUGCUGUGCCCCCUCCAUAAACCCUGCUAUGUGGUUGUAUAUUAGCUGAAUAUCUUUCCAUAUUUGGGGGUGGGGGUGGGGGGUUGCGGGAAAGGUGAGAAAGAAUUUAAGGACAACUUCCCCUCCUUGGAUAAAGUUCUCAUGGAAUGUUUGAUGUAGAACAAAUAACUAUAUGAGGGUGAGUAACAGUUUUGGAAAAAGAAGGUCCAAGAAGGGAAGAAACAGCUUUUGCCUGUGGAUAAAUGAUGAAAUGGGGUGUUAGUGUUGGGGUUUGACAUAGAAAGAUGCAAAAAUAAAAGAUGCAAGGAGCUGUUGAUAUAAGAUGAAGAAAGGGAACUUUUUUACUUUUGUGUAUUCGUGGGGGAAAGUCUAUUAAUAGUUAUAUCUUGUGAACCUUAUUCACCUUAGUAAGAGUUAUAUUUAUUUUAUUUAUUUAUUUAUUAUAUUUCUAUACCGCCUUUCUCCCGUAGGACUCAAGGCGGUGUACAGUCAAGAAAAAUAUAGACACACAAACAUCAUAAAAUUGCUAAUUAAAAUUGUUACUUAGUUUGGUCAAUUAAAUAAAACCCAGAAUUAGAUAACAUUUAAAAAAUCAUUCGCAUUUUUGUAUGUUUAGCCCUGCCUGUUGGAACAUCAGGGUCUUGAGGGCACGGCAGAAAGCACGGAGAUCAGGGAUAUUCCGUAUCUCCGGGGGCAGUUCAUUCCAAAGGGUUGGAGCCCCCACAGAGAAGGCCCUCCCCCUGGGAGUCGCCAGUCGACAUAAUUUGACUGACGGUACCCUGAGUAGUCCCUCCCUGUGAGAACGAACUGAUCGGUGGGAGGCUAUUGGUGGCAAAAGACAGUCUCGUAGGUGAAAGUAUUUAGGUGGAAGUAUUCUCUCUCCCCCCUUUUUCUGUUUGAUAUUCACCAUCCCACUCCACCUCCCCCAUCUGUAUAUCGUUUGUUUCUAUUCAGUGGGAAAAGCAAACAUUCCUUGCUUGUGAUUUGCUUACUUGCUGCGGUCUUUGAAAUACUGUUGAAAGUACACAAUUUCCUCAUCAUUGGGGUAGAAGACUUGUGUUAAAUCAAGGCAAAGGCAAUCUAGUAAUAUGUUUCUAAAAGGGCCUUAUCACAAGCAGAGUAUGAAGAAUAACUUAUUUAUGUUAUUGCUCCCAGCAUCUAGCAUCCACUGAUGUGCUUCUCCAAAUAUGGAUAUUCCAUGGAGCCAUCAUAGAUAAGAGCUUGAUGAUCUGUCCUCAGUAAAUCUGGCUUAUCUUUUUAAUUCUGUUUCAGAAAGUAGCUAUUUUUGAUCCAUGUGACAAUAGUUUCCCCUGUGUUGUUUGCAGAAUUGGUUAUUUGAGAGCACACUUGGGUGCAUAUGGACUUUUUUCCUAUCAGGCAGGAGAACACAACUUUUGAGGUAAAGUACUUCUCCCAGGUCAAGAGGGAGAAUGGUAGGACUUUUGUCUUUCCCAAGGAAAUGAAAGAGGACUGAAGAAGCUGAACUUCAAGGGACUGUUUUGUUGUCUGAUUCCAAAGCUAGCUAUAUAAUGCUGCUGUGGCUCAUGCCCUGAGAUGGCCAAAACAGGCACCGAUGAACCUCAGUUAUCACAAGAAACAGACUGUGGGGAGCCCACUUCACAGAUCAAAAAUGAAUGGUCAGUGGCAAAGACAGAGUCUCAGAACACAGUGAAAAUUGAAGUAAUUUGCACAGAUGAUGGCGAAAGUUCUACACACAGCACUGCUGAGGAGCCAGCCCGCAAACGCAAAAAGGGACCUGCCCCCAAGAUGUUGGGGGACGAAGUCUGCAGCGUGUGCGGGGACAAGGCCUCGGGUUUUCACUAUAAUGUCCUGAGUUGUGAGGGUUGUAAGGGCUUCUUCCGGCGCAGCCUCAUCAAAGGAGCUCAGUAUACCUGCAAGGGCAGUGGGCAGUGCCACAUGGACAUGUACAUGCGCCGGAAGUGCCAGGAAUGCCGGUUGAAAAAAUGCCGACAAGCAGGCAUGCGGGAAGAAUGUGUCCUUUCAGAAGAGCAAAUCCGCAAGAAGAAGAUCUCUAAGCAUGAGGGUGAUGGGGUUCCAGCUGGGGAGAGAGAUGGAGGCGAAGUACUUCGAGUACCUCCAUUGCUCUGUGAUCCUGCUUUAUCUCAGCCUGAGCCAGUUCCUCUUACCCCACAGCAGGAGGGUAUGAUCCAGCAGUUGGUGGCGGCCCAACAGCAGUGCAACAAGAGGAGCUUUAGCGAUCAGCCCAAAGUCACGCCCUGGCCAGUGAGCAGCGACCCCAACAGCCGGGAGGCACGCCAGCAGCGCUUUGCCCAUUUUACAGAAUUAGCCAUCAUCUCAGUGCAAGAGAUUGUGGACUUUGCCAAGCAAGUACCCGGCUUCCUGCAGCUCUCACGGGAAGACCAAAUCGCACUGCUGAAGGCUUCUACCAUUGAGAUCAUGUUACUAGAGACAGCCCGGCGCUAUAAUCAUGAGACUCAGUGCAUUACAUUUCUUAAAGAUUUUACAUACAGCAAGGAUGACUUUCACCGUGCAGGUCUUCAGGUCGAAUUCAUCAAUCCCAUAUUUGAGUUUUCCCGGGCCAUGCGACAGUUGCAGCUGGAUGAUGCCGAAUAUGCCCUCCUCAUUGCGAUCAACAUCUUCUCUGCUGACAGGCCGAAUGUGCAGGACCAUGGCCUGGUAGAGGCAUUGCAGCAGCCCUACAUUGAGGCCCUCAGUUCUUACAUCCACCUCAAUCGCCCACAGGACCACCUGAUGUUCCCCCGCAUGCUGAUGAAGCUGGUGAGCCUGCGGACAUUGAGCAGUGUGCACUCAGAGCAGGUCUUUGCUUUGCGCCUUCAAGAUAAGAAGCUUCCUCCACUUCUGUCUGAGAUCUGGGACGUCCACGAAUAGACCUUUUGAAUGGACUGGGGGAGAGGCAGACCUCUCCCAGCAGCACCAGCAGGCAUGCUUCCCCAUAGCGAGUCUUUGGAUUCAGCGUAAGCCUUACAAUGGCUGGACUGGGAUCCUGCCAAAAGAAUUGAGUCAAGUGAGCUACUAAGCACUUUUGUUUUCUCCUCCUUCCCAAACAGUCAUCGUCUUUCUUCCACGGCUUCAGAUUUGGGGGAGUGGGGAGGGGAGGUCAGUCGCCACCUUCCUUCUGAGUGGGAAGAGGGGGAAGUAAAGAAGAAGAAAAAAACUUUCUUCCAAAGACUGCACUCCCUCCUGUUUGUGAACAGCAAACAGCUGUGCCCUGCAUCAUUAACUUAACUGCAGUGAUUCACUUAACAACGGUGGCAAGACAACCGAGAAUGGUUUCUCCUUAGGGAGGGAAGAGUUUUACAGUGAAAAUAAGUGGGGGUUGCCAUAUGUAGUACCUGGUGUAUGGGGCAAAUACCCAGAAGAAAUAAACUGGUCAUGAAAAUGAA